CAAAGAAAAAACUUCUUUGCUAGAAGAGACCAUCCUCGUGACAUGGAGAUAAAUUCUCCACAAUUUCCAGUUUUAGCUCUGUGUAUUCUGAUAUGCACACUGCAAGCUGGUUAUUGCUGGCAUGCGUUCGGCAACUUGAACUACCAUUGUUGGGACUUCACUGCGAAUGCAACAAACACCGAUCCAAUGGAGGAAUGUAAAGGAUUAGAGGUUAAGUGGAUUGAAACCCCUGGAGAUGAAAUACGAGCUCAAGAUGAGUUUAACGUGACAUACGAGUUGGUUAUUAAAGACGAGUUUUAUGAAUGGGCCUUUAACAAGAGCUACUUUGACCAUCUUUCUGGCGACGGUGUCACUGAUGGUGCUACAGCCAAGAAUUGGUGUGAAACAACAGUUUGUCCCGCGAUGGUGAAGCAUGCGAAUAAAGACAAUUGCUGCAUUUAUCAUGUGAAUGUACACUCGUGUCCACUUGACCAGACUGUGGCUGGUCUCUGUGGACCAUGGAUUUUGCCUUCUGGCGGAACUUUUACGCAUUCAGACGUGUUGGUUGGUCCAGUCGAUAAAGGGAACUGGACAAGUUACGUUGCCGGACUGUACCAGGUUGGCGUCACGUCCCUUAUCGCGCACUUCAAGAUCGCUGGCAUGCAGUUAGCCAUGGAAACAAAAACAAACGUGCUACAGAGGAUAGUGUGUGGAGAUGGUCUUUGUGAGAAGACGGAAGAUGCUGACUCAGAGACGUGCGACUCUUGUCCAGCUGAUUGUGGGAAAUGUCCGCUGAAAACCUGGGAGAUCGUACUGAUUGCAGUAGCUAUCCUCAUCUGUUUUGCCUGUGUGGCCUGUUUUUACGGGUACAUGCAAUGGCAGCGAAGAAAACUGCUGUGGAACGAGGACUGGAUCAUUCCACCAGAUAAGAUUACCGAAGAUGAGGGCCUACGAGGAGCUUUCGGCAGUAUGGUUGGCAGCAAUAUUAUCAGGACAGAUAACCAAACGAGCAGCCUCAACGUUGGCAUCAAACAAGUCUUCUGCAGAACAGCACUCUAUGAUGGUCGUUCUUGUGCGGUGAGACCAGUAACAAAACCAGAGUUUAGCCUCUCAAAACAAGUCCGGAUUGAAGUAAGAGCUGUCAGGGAGUGUGACCAUGCGAACUUGUGCAAGUUUGUCGGAGCGUGCAUUGAGGUCCCUCACAUGAGCAUUUUGAGUGAAUAUUCGGCAAAAGGAAGCUUGAGUGAUGUUCUUCUCAACGAAGAGGUUCCUCUUAAUUGGGCCUUCAGGUUUUCAUUUGAGGGUGACAUUGCUGGCGGUAUGAAGUACCUUCACUCGCGUGGAAUUAUCCACGGACAUUUGAAGGCCAAUAACUGCGUUGUGGACGACAGAUGGACAAUCAAGAUCACAGAUUAUGGUUUGGAAACUCUACGGGCCAAUGUCCUGACUGACAAAGACGCGAUUGAAGAAGCUAAAUACCAGCAGUUGCGCUCCAUCGUGUACGUUGCUCCAGAACUUCAAUCGGAAAAUGGUGUCAAGGCCUCUAUGGAGGGCGAUGUUUAUGCUUUUGCUAUUCUCAUGAUAGAAAUUGCCUUGAGAGCAGACCCUUAUGGAGAUGAAGAUGUUUUCAGUCUGAAGUUUCCAUGGCGACCUGCACUCCCAGAUUUUCACCCUGACAAGUGGGAAAAUAAAGAAGACCGAUGCCCUAGUCCUGUGCCAUAUAAUGAACUUAUUAUGCAAUGUUGGGACACUUCCCCUGCUUCACGCCCCACAUUUGAGAGAGUGAGAGCAGCGAUCCGCAAAAUCAACCCCAGCAAACUGAGUGCCGUAGAUCUGAUGAUGAACAUGAUGGAGAAGUACUCCAAACAUCUGGAGUCAAUAGUUGCAGAAAGAACAGCAGACCUGAUGGCUGAAAAAGCAAAGACUGACCGUCUGCUUUAUAGUAUGUUGCCGAAACAGGUGGCUGAUGACCUCCGACAAGGAAAACUCAUUGAAGCAAAGUUCCAUGAUGCUUGUACCAUUUACUUCAGUGACGUUGUUGGUUUUACUACGAUCUCUGGCUUGAGUGAACCGAUUCAAGUUGUUGGACUUCUCAACAAGCUCUACAUCACUUUCGAUGAAAUCAUCGACAAAUACGAUGUAUACAAAGUAGAAACCAUUGGAGAUGCUUACAUGGUGGUAUCUGGCCUCCCCAUCUACACUGAACAUCAUGCGCGUGAAUGUGCAAACAUGGCCAUUGACCUUAUAAAGGCCAGCAAGACCUUCGUUAUUCCUCACAUGCCGGAUGAACCUUUGAAGCUUAGAAUCGGCUUGCACUCUGGGCCUGUUUGUGCGGGUGUUGUUGGACUCAAGAUGCCCCGCUACUGUCUGUUUGGCGACACAGUCAACACUUCCAGCAGAAUGGAAUCCAACAGUGAAGCAUACAAGAUCCACAUCAGUACUCCCUGCUAUGAAUUCUUGGCUCCGUACGGAUUUUUUAACAUUGAGAAAAGAGGAGUGAUUGCAGUCAAGGGCAAGGGAGACAUGACCACGUAUUGGAUACACGGACAUAAUCCAGACUACGUCGCACCUCCUCCUAAAGAAAUCAUAGAUUAUUAAUCAGGAAACCUCAAGUGGACAUAGACAAAUAAUUGAUGGGAAGUGAUAUUAUCCGGGAUGGGACAUCAUUAGCUUGAUGUUAAUAUGUUUUGAUGUUAUCAUGGUUUAAAAAGGGCAUUAUAUAUCAGUGUGUGUAUACCACGUGAUAAAUUGAGUCAUAAAUGCUACGUCAGAAGGCAAUAUUUUGUUUUGUAUGAAGACUCUUAACAUAGAUAACUUUAUUUCUUCACCAUUUUGAAUGAAACAUAUAGCAGUUUAAGCCUGCCUUCAG